UACAGUGCAAUGAACCGGGAAAAGUUUAUGUUACCGGACGUGAAGGCAAAACCAUUGAGGGUUGAGUGACGUGUGGAACCAAUAGAUAUUCUCUACGCAAACCUUAUAUCACCAAAUCACCACUGCUGGGUGGGACUUUCAAUGCAGCCAUUCAACAUGUCAGAGAACUAAAGGGAAAUGAGCUGCAUUUAAAUAUAUAUUUUACGUAGCAAACGAAAAGUACAGUAGUAGUAGGGUUGGAAUAUAUAGUUUUCACGACAAUAAUUAAUUCUGUUUAAAAUGAAAGGCAAGGAGCGGUCGCCCGUGAAAAAACGCUCGCGGAUUCUGGAUGAUAUCCGAGACCGGGGAGGAAACCACCCAACAACAUGUAAGAAAAUGGGAGCUCUCUCGGCGGCAGACAGUAAUAACGUGAAUAGUUCUGUUAAAAGUGGUGGUUCGGCGAGAAGGAGUUUGCUAUCUGAAAAGAGAGACAGUCGAGAUUUAGACGGCCAUGUAUCGAGUCGAACUGGGAGUAUUCACGGAUAUGCUAACACAACUGUUUCGACUAGCAAGCUACAGAUUAGCCUUGCUCUGGACCCAAGGAACAAUCCUCGCGGUGAACCACGACCUCUUCCGAGCAAUGAAAGUGAGUACAAGACUCUUAGAAUUAGCGAACUCGGCUCUCAGUUAAGCGACGAAGAAAUUGAAGACGGAUUAUUUCACGAAUUUAAAAAAUUUGGGGACGUGAGUGUCAAAAUAAGUACAGUAAACGACGAAAGAGUGGCAUUUGUGAAUUUCCGAAGGCCCGAUGAUGCCAAAGCGGCCAAGCACGCACGCGGAAAGUUGGUACUCUAUGAUCGCCCCCUAAAAAUUGACGCGGUGUACAUGAACCGGCGGAGGAGCCGUUCCCCAAUCGAAAAGGAUACAUAUUCGGGAGUUGCAGGGCACAGACAUUUGCACGUCCAACGACCUCUUUCACCAACAGGGCUAGGAUAUAGGGACUUCAGACUGCAACAGCUAGCACUAGGUCGUCUUCCCCCACCACACCCUAGAGAACUAGAAAGAGAGAGAGAAUUUUCUAUCUAUGAAGCCAGGAGCCGGCCACCCUUAAUUCAUGAUUGUGCAGCUUUUCGUGAGGAGGACCUCCUUUCCCCAGAAGAUGAUCAGCGGGCCAACAGGACGUUGUUUCUUGGCAACCUUGAUGUCUCAGUCACAGAGAAUGACCUGAGGAGGGCAUUUGACAGGUUUGGGGUGAUCACUGAGGUGGACAUCAAACGCACCACUACUCGUGGACAGAGCAGCACCUAUGGAUUCCUAAAGUUCGAGAACCUAGACAUGGCUCACCGUGCAAAGAUAUCUAUGUCAGGCAAAGUUGUGUGUCACAACCCUAUCAAAAUUGGUUAUGGCAAAGCAACCCCCACUACCAGGUUGUGGGUCGGGGGUCUUGGUCCCUGGGUUCCGCUUGCUGCCCUGGCCAGGGAGUUUGACCGCUUUGGCACCAUUAGGACUAUUGACUACAGGAAGGGGGACACGUGGGCAUACAUCCAAUAUGAGAGCCUGGAUGCUGCCCAGGCUGCCUGCGCCCAUAUGCGUGGCUUCCCUCUUGGGGGUCCUGACAGGAGACUCAGGGUGGACUUUGCCGACACAGAGCUCCGUUACCAACAACAGUACCUGCAGCCUCUCCCCCUGCCACCUCACCUUGACUUAGUGGCGGACUCCUUCAUCCACCGGCCCACCCCAGAAGCCAUUAAGUUUAGGGAGAGGAGCCCUCCACCCCCACUCCGCUUCAGAGAAAGGGGACUGUACGCUGCUGAUUGGGCUGGCCCAUUGAUCCGCGAGAGGGUGCGCGGGGCGGCCUUUGAACCAGUGGAGCACCUGGAGAGGCGUUCACGGGAACCCUGGUCUCUUGAAUGUGAGCGGGAGCUGCAGAUCCGUGACCAGCUAAGAAAACGCCGCCUUUUGGAUGAUGUGCGUCGCACGGACCGCUCACCGGAUAGCAGCGAGCAUGUGCGUCGACGUCGUGGCACCUCAUUGGAGCGCAGCCCUGGUGGGAGUUGCCAAGAAGGGGGACGCUACAGUCCACCACACUCCGACCGACUGUCCCCUGGCCGAGAGCAGCGGGGAAGCUUAGACCGUGGCCACGGGGACAAGAGGCUGCGUACGCUGAGCCCGCCCGAGCCGGAACGGGACCGUAAACGCAAAACCAGUGAGUUCUGUAAAAGCCCUGCAAAGAGGGAGGAGCGUGAUCACCCAUCCUCCUCCAAGCCUAACUUGCCGUCCAACCCGGGGGCCGGGGGGCAAAAACUCUGCCUGGCCUGGCAGGGCGUGCUCCUGCUAAAGAACAGCAGCUUCCCCACCUCCAUGCACCUCCUGGAGGGGGACCUGGCUGUGGCAGCCGGGCUGCUGGUGGAGGGCUCCACUGGUGGUCAGGUGUCCCAGCUGAAGAUCACCCAGCGCCUUCGCCUGGAUCAGCCCAAACUGGAUGAGGUGGCCCGUCGCAUCAAGACGGCGGGCGCCAGCGGGUACGCUGUCCUCUUGGCGGUGCCUGGGAGCUCUGAGGAGGGGCCCCAGGAUGUAGGGAGCUCCAGUGAAAGGCCUCUGAAAAACCUGGUCUCCUACCUGAAGCAGAAGCAGGCGGCUGGCGUCAUCAGUCUGCCUGUAGGUGGCGGUCGUGACAAGGACGGCGCGGGAGUUCUUCAUGCUUUCCCUCCCUGUGAUUUCUCCCAGCAGUUCUUGGAUGCUUCAGCUAAAGUCCUUGCCAAAAAUGAAGAGGACUACCUGGUGAUUGUCAUUGUCAGUGGAGCGUCAUAAAAUUUGAAAUAAGUGAAAAUCAUUACUGUGUGAUGUGUUGUUAGCACUGUUCGCACAUACCCUGAUACAGGAAAUCUGUUAUCUGUCAUUAAAACAGGAAUUAGGGCAGCUUUGUCUUACUAAAAUGAAGAACUUCUUGGCAGAAAACAAUCCCAUACGUAAUUUGAUUAUCAACAAUAACAAGCCUUUCAGAUAUUGGAAGCAAUCUUCUCCGCAUGCCUUAUUGCCUGAAUUAUGUUAGCUGGUGGUCUGCUUUUAAUAAGAACAAUUUCAAUCACAAGAAGUGGAUACAUUUAAUUUAAAUGAUUGAUUUAAUGGUUGAUCAAAGUUGAUUCACCUUUAUUUGUUCAACUAAUAUGUCUGAAUCAAGAGUAAUUCAUGCUGUUUUUGUUAUAGUUAUUGUCUUUGGUUGUUUUGGUUAUUGUCUUUGGUUGUUUUGGUUGCCUUCCAUUGUAUUCACAUUCAGUAAUUUCUCUGGUGUCAAGUCUUGUUUGCUAUUCAUUGCCAUAGAACCUAAAAGUAUAUAAAGAUGUAUCUGACACCUGAAAAAAAGCUGUUGCAUACACUUGCUCAGAUGGGAUAGAUCAGCCAUGCCAUAAUUUAGAAGCCUGUGAAGAUGUGUACUUCCUUUAAGACCACAGACAUUUUCUAUUUGAUGCAGUACAUUGUCAAUGUUAUGCAUGUAUUAGUGAGGGCUGCUUUUGUUCUUUAAUAAGCCAACCACAUUAUGUACUACAUUCCUCUACUGGCUUGUCUCUGAAGCCAAUCAGCAUUGGUUCUAGUUAGUGGUGGAAUUGGAGACCAGAUACUCGUGAAAGGGGUUUUGGAGGGCACUCUUUCUUCUGGUUUGAGAUGCCAUUGCUCCGGGACAGUAAAUGGGGUCAUUUCCCUUAGUAGGGUGCUGUCUUUCAAAUGGAAAAUGUAAGUAGGUGGUCACCAAAAGAUAUCACUGUUAAGCCCAGCAUUGUACCAUCAUUGCAAUUUAUUAAUCUCAGCUUCUAACUGGCUAAUUUGUCCCUCCUCAAGUACUGUAUAGGUAAUAACAUUUAUGGAAAAACAAAUGUAAAUUACUCUGGAUUAGAGUAAGAGCAUCUGCUAAACAAGUGGACUAAACAAAUGUGCUAUGAAUACACCAGUAUUAUCAAGCAGACAAGUGGAAGGGGUCAUGUAAGGUUUUGAAAUUCUAGAAUAUCUGUCAAAUUGAACAUUGCUCUAUGAUAAGGUCUUUAUAUUUCUAACCGCAACCAUUCUCAAACUGUUAUGUGGUCUACUGCUGUCAGUGUAUCUUUGUCCAGAUAGCACUCAGUUUGUCUGAAUUUUCAGUGUUGGGAACAGUCUUUUUUGUUUAAUACAUUAUGAGAAUGUA